GCAUGAAGGACUGUGUCACAAAACAAGAGCUGGGAUUUCACACUGCAGACCUGUGGCUGUUUGAGGAGACUGGGUCAGACAGCAUGACAGAGCUGACAGGCCUCCUCUCAGAGUUUAACGUCUUCCACCUAAGGGCAGUUGACCUUGGCUUGCCCAGCAGAGUGGUGAUCAGACAUAGUAGUGCUGGCUGGUACCUGGAUGGAAUCACUGUGAAGGAGACGAGUGAAAAAGAUACAGAAUUUGUGUUUCCAUGCCAACGGUGGUUAGACAGUGGAACUGAUGACAGAUGGACAGAAAGAGCUUCCACGCCUCAGAAAAGUCAGCAGAAGCAACAGACGGGUGACAGCUGAUCCUCAGGGUGUGUUAUCAUGAGGUGUUUGUCUAUACAUGCUUUGCAUUGGUUUUUACGGUGCAG